CAAAAAAGCCCUCCGGAAAGGAAAAGUCCAACGACUCCUCAUAUUAUUAUAGAGCUCCCUCCCUCAGCUCACCACUAACCACUUUCCAAAAACCUUCUCAAAAUCCGCCUCAGAAUCCUCUAGACUUGUUCACCUUCAUCAUCACCGAUCCCAGGAAUUCGCGGAUCUGAGCAGACCCGAUCGGGAAUCAAAGUCGUUGAUGGAGGGAUUGCAGAGGUCGGAGAGCACCUUCCGGAGGCAAGGAUCCUCCGGUUUGAUUUGGGACGACAAGUUUCUACAGCGCGCCUUGAAUCAAGUCGAAGCCGAGAAGCAAGCCGAAGCCGCCGCCGCCGCCGCCCAGGGCGGGGGCUCAGACGCUCCUGCUGCGGCUUCUGCCAACGACGGAGGAGCUGCGGGAGGGAGGGGGUAUAAACCGGUGAAGGUUGCGCCGCCGAUGAUGGACCCGCCGUCGCCCAAGGCCGGGUGUUGUGGAGUGUUUGGGAAGCCGGCGGCGGCGUCCAAGCGGCCCAGAUCGAACAAGCGGAGGUCUAAGUAGGUGUGGCUGAUUUUUGCUCAAAUUUUUAUUAGCUUAAAACAAAAUUAAAUUAAAUCAAACACUGCAUGCUUUCAAUUUUCGAUCUUUAUUUUUUCUUCUUGUGAGUGAUUGUAAUGUUCAUGUUAAUGGUAAAAAUGUAUAAUUAAAUACUUGUGUAUCAGUUUACAUUCCAUUGUUCAUGUUUGGGUUUUUUAUUU